GUAUUAUUGUUUUGAUAGCAUUGCCUUUUUUAAUAUAAAAAAAUGCCUUUCUGUACGACGUGUAACGUAUCUGUACAUAGUAAAUCAUGGGUAGGUCAUUUGCGAAGUAAUUCACAUAGAAAAAGUAGUAAGACAAUAGAAUACAGUGAUGGUGUAGAAAUCGUCAGCUCUGCAUUUCGUAAUCGUAUUGUAACUUAUAAGAUAUUACCUCUUGAUCAACUUCAGUUAGCUUCAGUAGAUAUAUUUUUUUUCGAAAUUCGUAACAAGUUAAAAUCUCUUUUAGAUGAAAACCUUAUUAAACAUUCAUGUGUUAAGGUUAAUUUCGAACUAUUUGGGACGUUUUUGAAGUUCAACAAUAAUUCACAAGAAAUAAAAUCUUUUGGAACCAAGAAUAAAAUAUUACAUAGUAAUUAUGAUUUUGAAAAAAUAUAUUUGGAAACAGUUAGUUAUUUAAAAACUAGUAUAGAGGAAUUUGAGGAUCGUGACAGUGGGUGGACAUUUUUAAAUAAUUUAUACAUUGAGAUUAAUAUCAAUAAAUAUCAACCACUUAGCGGUUCGAGUUUUAUCAGUUUACCCAAAUCAAUUCAGGCUAAAAAGGCGUGUUUAAAUAUUAUGAAUAAAGAUCAGCAUUGCUUUCUAUGGAGUGUGACAGCAGCCUUAUAUCCAGCUAAAAAUCACCCUGAAAGAAUUUCAUCAUAUCCUAAUUUUCGUGAAUUAUUUAAUAUAAAUGGAAUGUUUUUUCCUGUAACUUUCCAUGACAUUAAAAUUUUUGAAAAAAAUAAUCCUAAUAUUAAGUUCAUAAUUUAUGGUUUAAAAAAAAGUAAAACUAUUGUUGGGCCGUUGUAUAAAUCAGACAUUAAUAAAACAUGCAACGAGAAAAUUAUACAUUUGUUGUAUCUAGAAAAUAAUAACACUUCUCAUUAUUGUUUGAUCAAAGAACCUUCUAGACUGUUUAGAAGCCAAGUUACAUCUCAUCACAGCAAAUUGUACUUCUGUGAUUUGUGCUUGAUAUUUUUCAGUACUUCUAAAGAAGUUGAAAACCAUUUAUGUGGAGGCGUUGUAACUGUCCUCCCAAAUAAGGGCUCAGUAAUUAAAUUUAAAAACUAUGCUCGAAAACAAAACAUGCCUUUUUGUAUUUACGCAGAUUUUGAGUCGAUGCUACAAACCAAUACUGAAGCUAACUGUUCUUCUAGCAAAAAUACGACUACAUUGCACCAACAUUUACCUAUAGCUUUUGGUUAUUAUAUUGUUUGUCGUGAUGACCCUAGUUACAAUCGGUACGUAUCAUAUCGAGGACCUGGUUGUGAUAAGCAGUUUGUAGAUUCGAUUCUUAAAGACGUACAAAAAAUAUUUGAUAUACUUAGUACACCAGUCCCUAUGAUAUUUUCUACGGCGGAUAAGUCUGAUUUUGAUAAUGCCACACGUUGUCAUAUUUGUGAAAAUUUUAUUUUUUCGGACAAAGUCCGUGACCAUUGCCACGUUACUGGUCGUUACCGCGGAGCUGCGCAUCCGUUUUGUAAUUUACAGUAUAAACGCCCUUCAUUCGUCCCCAUUUUUUUUCAUAACUUAGCUGGUUAUGAUUGUCAUCUUUUUAUAAAAGCGUUAGGUGAGGUUCCUGGUAAUAUUAAAAUAAUACCUAAAACAAAAGAAAACUACAUCUCAUUUACCAAAUUUGUACCAGUUACGAAUAAUCAGUUUUUUCAACUUCGAUUCGUGGAUUCAUUUAAGUUUUUGGGAACAAGCUUAAGUAAAUUGUCAGAGACAUUAAAACCGGAAAUGUUUAAAAACUUACAAAAUCAUUUCCCCGAUGAAGAUGAAUUUCAGUUACUCACUCGUAAAGGCAUUUAUCCAUACGAAUAUAUGAACUCGUGGAAGCGGUAUGACGAAAAAAGUCUACCCCCAAAAGAAUGCUUUUAUAGUUCCCUAACUGAUCAUGAUAUUUCUGAUGAGGAUUACCAGCACGCGUGCUUAAUUUGGUCAACAUUUCAAAUCAAAGAUUUAGGUAGUUAUACGGAUUUAUAUCUAAAAACUGAUGUGCUUUUACUGGCAGAUAUCUUUGAAAAUUUUAGACAGACUUGCAAGCAACACUAUCAAUUAGACCCAGCUUUUUACUUAACAGCACCCAGUUUAUCUUUUGAUGCGAUGUUAUUAAAAACAGGAAUACAAUUGGAACUUAUCGAUGACUUGUCGAUGGUGCGCAUGUUACAGAGUGGUAUCAGGGGAGGAGUAUGUCUGUGCUCUCAUAGACAUGCAAAAGCAAAUAAUCCUUACUUAGAAAAUUACAAACCAUCAGAAUCUCCUUCCUACGUCACUUAUAUUGAUUGUAAUAAUUUAUAUGGAUAUAGUAUGUGUCAAUAUUUACCAUUAUCAGAUUUCAGAUUUCUCAAUGAACAAGAAAUCAACAAAUUAAAUGUAACCGAAAUACCGAUUGAUGCAGAGUGUGGUUAUAUUCUAGAAGUGGAUUUACAAUAUCCUAAACAUUUACAUAACUUACAUAAUGAUUUACCAUUUUGUUCUGAAAAAUGCAUUCCACCCGGGGGGAAAACUUUCAAACUAGUUCCAAAUUUAUAUGAUAAAUUUAAGUAUGUUAUACAUUACAUUCACUUGCAAACAUGUUUAAAACAUGGUUUAAUAUUAAAGAAAAUUCAUCGAGUGAUUAGUUUUCGACAAAGCCCGUAUUUGAAACAAUACAUUGAUUUGAAUACUGCUCUGAGACAAAAAAGUUCCUCAACAUUUGAACAAGACUUUUUCAAACUCUUGAAUAACAGUGUGUUUGGAAAAACUUUAGAAAAUAAUGAGAAGAGGGUCAAUGUGCAUUUAGUUAAUCAGUGGGUUGAUAAUAAUAAUGUGACUAAGAAAAGGCAAUGUGCACAAAAGCUUAUCGCUCGUCCAAAUUUCCAUAGCGUGACAAUUUUUAGUGAAAAUCUAGUUGCGGUACAAUUAAACUCUGAUCAAAUAAUUUUGGAUAAACCAAUAUACAUUGGUUUUACCGUACUAGAAUUGUCAAAAAGUCAUAUGUAUAACUUUCAUUACUCUGUUAUUAAACCUUUUUAUAAAAAUAAUGUACAGAUGUGUUACACGGACACUGAUAGUUUUGUAUAUCAUAUACGGACCCAUGAUUUUUAUGAUGACAUAAAAAAACAUUUUUUGCCUUACUUUGAUACUAGUAAUUUUUGUAAUACUAAUCAAUAUGAUUUACCCAUUCAAAAUAAAAAAGUUCCUGGUUUGUUCAAGGAUGAAAUGGCGGGUAAAAUCAUAAGUGAAUUUGUAGGCCUUCGUUCAAAGUUAUAUUGUAUUAAAACCAUAAAUAGUACAAUCAAAAAAGCGAAAGGAAUUAAGAAAAAUAUUGUCAGCAAUUUCAAUGUUACUGAUUACCAAAAAACUCUGUACGAAGGCAACAUUGUUCAUAAAACAAAUGUUUUAUUUAAGUCAAUAAAACACGAGUUGUACACAUGUGCUGUGAAGAAAGUUGCUCUGUCUGGUGAUGAUGACAAGAGAGUCAUAUCUAAAGAUAAAAUUUCAACUAAAUCAUGGGGACAUACUAGUAUAUUUAACUUUUAACUAGAUUUAAUAAGCUGUACCUAAUUAAGAAAUUCUUUGUAUUAUUUACUUUCUUAGCAUAACCUGUGUAUUUAGUAUGUAUAUUAUGUAGAUUUAGAAAUAAAAUA